AACCCUCCUCGUGUAGUCGGCAGGACCCGGGCAGUGUGUAUUGUGCCCUGCAGAGCGGAGCCCCUCAGAGCGGCGGUCACCGGCGGAGCCCCCUGCAGAGACACGGCCGGGCAGCUGCCACUUGUCACAACUUCAUUGCCUUCCAGCCGCGGAGGAGCUGCACCUGCUGAGGGGAGCCCCCUGCACAGGAUGCCACAGCAGCGCCCUCUGUAACACCGAGGACUGGGCACACAGCGGGGCUGUCACUACGAGCCCCCUGAGUGGGCGCUGGACUACCCUGACAAGCUGGCACCAGGUUUGGCCCUGUGGAGCCCAAAGGUGAAAAAAUGAGAAGAUGAAAUCUUCUAACGCCCUGGAGGAAGCUGGCAUGGUUUAUUUUCCUGGAUCAAUGCAGGAUUGAUUUGAGAGGAAUAAUUAUGAGGCUGACGUGCAUGUUUUCCUUUAUCUUACUGUUUGGAGUCGCCGGUCUCGUCGUUUUCAUCCAUUUGCAAGAUCCUGUUGAAAUGGUUAACCAGCAAGGACUGGCAGCAGGCAUCAAGUUUGAGUUUGCAUUACACCAACCCAAAAAGGACUGUACAUCCAACAAUCAAUAUGGGACUUCAAUAGAAGCCGCUGCCAAACAGCUCCUGAACAUAAACCAAGACGUGCCGUCGUAUCCUCCUUAUCUGUACCCGGCUAGUUUACACAGCGCAAGUCGCAGGCAGAAAAAGAUGAUCUUUCUGAGGCGAGACAAUAAGAUGUAUACGGAGAAGAAGCUUUUGAAGAAGAGGAAGCAUUUCCUAUUGAAAGAGACUCCCAUUCUAAUGCCCUUGAACGGUUCUGCCGUGGACCUCAUGCCGUUGGAUUACGAGGACAGCAGCGGCAAGUGGAGAAAGCUGUAUGAGGUUCAAAGGCAACGUAAGAAGCUUAUGCACAACAUCUGCUUGAAGUACAAGAGCGGUAGCAGGCGGAUUAUCACCCCUUAUCACGUCUCUCGAAUCUUCGUGGAAGACAAGCACAAGUUACUCUACUGUGAGGUUCCCAAGGCCGGUUGCUCCAACUGGAAACGGGUAUUAAUGGUUCUCAAUGGCUUGGCUUCCUCCACCAAGGAUAUCCAGCAUAAUACCGUUCACUACGGCAACUACUUGAAGAGGUUGGACAGCUUCGACCGGAAGGGAAUCUUCAACCGUCUUAACACCUACAAGAAGAUGAUCUUCGUCCGAGAACCGUUCGAGAGAUUGGUUUCCGCUUUCCGGGACAAGUUUGAGCACGCAAAUAACUACUAUCAUCCGGUGUUUGGGAAAGCUAUCAUUUCUAAAUACAGACGAAAUGCCACAAAGGAAGCAUUGAGGACAGGCUCUGGGGUACAAUUUAAAGAGUUCAUCCAGUACCUGUUGGAUGUUCAUAGACCGGUAGGCAUGGACAUUCAUUGGGACCAUAUUAGCAAACUUUGCAGUCCAUGUUUGAUAGACUAUGACUUCAUUGGGAAGUUUGAGAGCAUGGAGGAAGAUGCUAAUUUUCUUCUGCACCUCAUAGGGGCUCCCCAAAACUUGACUUUUCCCAGAUUUAAAGACAGACAUUCCAAUGAGGAAAGGACCACUAGUAAAAUCACACAGCAAUAUUUUGCACAGUUGUCCCCGUUGGAAAGGCAGCGUACCUAUGAUUUUUAUUACAUGGAUUAUCAAAUGUUCAAUUACUCUAAACCAUUUGAAGAUUUGUAUUGAUCACUUGUCAAAUGGGGAAUGUGUUUUCUAGAAAACGUCCACUGGGGGCAGCAUUGUGCUACAGCGUGUGAACUGAUGAAGUAUUUGGAUUCAGAGAUGACCCUUUUAGAUUUUUGUUAACAUGUGAACUUUACACAGAUAUUUUGCUAUCACUUUACAGUCAGUUUACACUACAACAAUUGAUCAUGGAGGGGGUGCAAACCUCACAGAUUAAUUACUUAAAGUGACAUCACACCUGCAAAUUCCCUCAACCAAUUCUUUCUACUCUGAGAUUGAAAGAAAAUAUUUAAGAUUCUCUAUUGUAUAGAUCUUAUUUUUGCUGAUUACAAAAAAUAAAAUUGUUUUUAAAAAUACA